CAAAGGUUGAUGCUACCGAUUUCAAGUCGUCUUUGCCAUCGUGGAAAUCGAAUGAUGUGAAGUCAUGGAUAUAGAUGCAACAAGCUAUGCAUCCAGAACUGAAUUACAGCAGCUGUUUACGAAAGAAAUGGAUGCCGUGGAAGAUAGUCCCCUUCAAGGGCAUUUCAAUCAAGAAAUGGUUGAAGGAGAUUAAAGCUAAGAGGAAGGAAGAAGAUAGGCUACAAAGAGCUGAAGUGCACGCAGCGAUGUCGGUGGCAGGGCUAGCAGCAGCGUUGGCCGCAAUGGCGGCCGAAAAUUCGAAAAGGAACGAUUGUAACAUGACCAAGGAGGCUGCAAUAGCCUCUGCAGCUGCUCUGGUUGCUGCACAAUGCGCCAAAGUGGCGGAAGCAAUGGGGGCUAAGAAGGAGCAGCUCGGCAGUGUUAUAGGUUCGGCCAUGAUUGGUACUGGUGCAAGUGAAAUCUUAACACUAACAGCUUCAGCUAAUAUAUCAUUAAAAGGAGCUGCUACACUUAAAGCAAGAACAGGGUGCAGGAACAGAUUCAAUGGUAGUGCCCCCAUCCUUCCAAUCCAGGACACCGAUGAUUUUCGGUUCAAGUUCGAGAAGUGCAGGAAGAUGCUAGCCAAGGGCACAGAGCUAGGAGUAGAAACUCCAGAUGGUUAGUAAAUUUCACUCUUUUUCUUAAAGAAAGAUAUAAAAGUACCAUCAAAAUUCAACAUUCGAACUCGAUUAAACUCGAUAAAGAUUUCGAGUUGGAGUCGUAAAAGCAAUUUCUCGACAGGGAAAUACAGGGUCAGAUCA